ACCUUCGUGGAGACCCGCCAGGGAACGGGCCGAUGCAACCCGUAUCUCCUUAUGGCAGCGGUGGUGGCGGCCGGAAUCGAUGGCAUGGAAAAGAAGCUGCCUUUGUCAGAGGCUGGAACUGAGAACAAAAAGAUGCCCACGACAAUCGCAGAAGCUACGGAAGCCUUUGAGGCAGACGAGGUACUUCUGGCAGCAUUUGACGGAGGGAAAGAUUACAUCCCUCUUCUGAAAACGUCACUGACACUGUAAUGUUAGUUGGUGUCAGUCGUGUUUCCAGUCAACGUUGCAGAUUUUAAUUUGGCCCAUCUCAAGUGAAGUAAAAUGGAGCGUUUCUCCGGAAAUGAAAUCAACAGAGGUCUUGUAACAAAAAUUGAAUUAAUUUACGGAUUUGAGCCGUUAAAUGUAACUAGGAUUUAUAACUUUUAUAUGCAUCAUUCACAUUCAUGUACCACAAAAUUUAUAACAACUGCAUGGUGAAAAAUUUAAGUUAUACAUUUGGAGCUUCAAAAUGAUCAGAAACAGCAAUCGUCUGUGCCUGCCCUUUAUUAUUAUUGUUAUUUCAUUCAGAAAUCAACCAACUAAGCAACAAUUGUACACAAAGAAAACAAGAUAGGCCUACGGUUGAUUCAUUCUGGGAUAACCCAAGAAAGUCAAUUACACAGGCUUAUUUGCAUUGGGGUCCCUUAAGUACAUGUACGGACAAAUUACACAUAAACAUAACAAACGAAACAUAAAAAAAUAGUAAAUUAUCAGUCCAUUUACCCAUUACAAUCAUAUUCAAGACUCCAUAUUAUUUAAAAAUCGAAACAAUCAAAAACAUGAAAAAAAUAUACUGAAGUCACUUACCCCUUCCCAUCUAAAAUCCGUCUUAAUAAUUAAAAACACUACAUUUCUCUACUGAUUGGCUUUUUGUGAUAGAUGUGACUUUACUUGUUUUUUAAAUACGCAGGACUGGAGAUGCUUUUGAUGUUAGACGGCAGUGCAUUCCAGUCUUUAAUAGCUGUAACAAAAAUGUAUUUCUACUGGAAUGAGUUGGAACAAUGAAGUUAAAAAGACUUUUCCUUGUAUUAUAAGAAUAUCUGUCAAACACACGGGUAAAGUUGUCAGACAUAUAUUUAGGGGCUAAGUCAUGAACCACUUUAAAUAAAUGACUGAGUUUCAAUUGAGUCACCCUAUCCUGAACGUUAAGUAACCCCAGUUUAUCAAGUUCUCUCUGACCAAUAUGGGCCAUUGAAUUUUUGUCCAGUAUGAACCUAACCAUUUUAUUUUACACAAUUUGAAGUUUGCUUUUCAUUCUUAUGGGUAAUGCAGAAUACCAUGAUGAACAUGAGUAAUCAAAGUAACAUUGAAUCAAUGCAGAACACAAAAUUUUAACCUAAUUUUUCACUGAGAAAAUUAGCCGGUCUGUAAAAAAACGUAAGUCUAUCCCCAGCUUUCUUAAUAAUUGAAGUAGCAAUGCGUUCACCAGAUAAAACAGGGUCUAAAAUAACUCUUAAAUAUUUAAUAGAUAAGGAUGAUUUAACCCUUUCUCCAUUGUUAAACCCAAAACAGCAUCAAGGAUUGGGACUUAGGUUCGGCGUUAGUUUACGGUGGCAAUAUUUGUAACGUUUGUGAGAGUCUUUGCAUGUGAGUUGCUCUGUAUAACUAGUUCAGAUAGUGUAGCGUAGCAAUCAUAAAAAGGUAAAUUUUGUAAUCCAGUUUGCAUGAAUUAACAUUUACCCGGCCAAGUUUUUGCUCUUCGUGUUAUGCCAUUAAAUUGACUCGUUCAUCAAAAACGGUGAUGGUCAGCGGUUAUAAAUGACAUGACUAUCGCCAACAUUUUAAAAACCAUCUAUGCAAAAUGAUAUAUCAAUUAUAAAAGAAUGACAAAUAUGCUCAUACGUUGCUUGAGAGGAUUUCCUAAUAGCCUAGUUUAUUGCUCCGUGUACGUGUAAUAGCUUUAAGUAUCUCGGAUAACCUGAUGGUAUUUACUAAGGCAUAAACUGGCGUUGCUGUGUUAAUAACUACGAAUUUUAUCAGACUGUAUAGCACAAAAAGCACAAAUUCUUGUUUGUGAAAACCAGGAUUAAAUUUGAAAGACGAAACAGAUCAAAAUGACAAAAGAAAGAUUAUCCACAAUAACUGCGAGCGUACAAGAAGUCCGUUUUUGUGCAUUUUCUCUAUUCGGAAAGAACUUGAUGACAAGUUUAUACUUAUGAUGAUGACAGGAUUAUACUUAUACAGACAAGUAACUAUCAUAGAGAUUAAAAGCAGCGCCUAGAAAACUGAUCAUUAAUAACAACGGAAAUGACACCGGAAGGAUAAAAGGAGGACUGUAAUUAUUGUGAUUGUAAAUUUUACAUUCCAAUUCAGUUCAGCAACUUUAAAGGCCACGGACCUGGAAAUGAGCCAUACACAGUGAGUGAUCCCCUACCCGUUCCUACAAUUGCUAUCUUAACCCUCCCCCCAACUGCUAUAUGGACUGUCAGCCAACCUAUCAUGACUACAGGGCAACCUGAAGUUAGCGUCAAAGAUGUAUCGCUGUACCUUACAAGGAAACGUGCAAACGUAUCUGGUUCAAUGAAAAUACGUAGCUCUAGACAACGAGGGGCAUGGUUGUGCAAACGAGCAUUUUGCUUAAGGUUUAGAACUGAGGAUGUCGAUGUUUUCAUGGGUAAGGUCAAAUGAAAACAAUACACCUAACGUCACACCAGCUUGCAACGCUCUUUUUAUGCGUACUUAUGAUACCGCUGCGUUGAUAGGACCGACACUGCACGUACGUAACAACGGAUGUCCUCCAGUGACCCUCUAUUCCUUGCUGGACAGACUGAUAGUAGUUUUAGAUAGAGGUAAAUCAAAAAGGUAAACGAACAUCAUUUGCAAACGAAAAGAUGACUUAAAAUGCCAAUUGCCCAUUACUUUAAAAUUGGUCGAUCCAGGUUAACGAGAAUUUCACGACUUUGACUGCCAGGAAUUAGGGCGUCAGUCACGACAGCCAUUCAGCGGACCGCCCGUGUAGUUUCAUGAACUGAGACGUAACCAUCAACCCAGAUCUUCUUUCUGCUUUCUUCCAUCAUUAAUUUCAGUUAGUUUGUCGAGGGCGGACCCACAACCCAGUUUUGGCGAACUGAAAAAAGGCCAAAAAACUGGGAAUUUGUUAAGGUCAAAGUGUGAAAGCUCACUCUCAAAAAGAGUGAGAUUCCUUUGUAAGAUCCACUCGAAAAGAGUGCAACCCACUCCAAAAGAGUGAAAAUAACUCUAAAAGAGAGGCAAAAAAGAGGCAAUAAAAGACCACUCUUUUUCGAGUUUUUCACGUGGUCGCUUAUUUGGCUUCUUAGCAGAGUGGAACUUUCACUCUUUUGGAGCAGUUUUUCUUUUUGGAGUAGUUGUAUAAAGGACACACUCUUUCUGAGAGUGGGUGUAACCCAUCUGACAUUUGUGAAGGGUGGGGGCUCAACGUUAUUGUAGGGCUUUUUAUACGCUUUGAGCUGACAGGAAUAUGAAAUAUUCCCUCUUAAUUAAUUAAAUGCCCCAUUUUGGGGUUGGGGCCCAAGGCACGACCCCUGUUACCCCCCCCCCAUCUGUCCAUGGCGUGCGCCAAUCAAGUAUACGGAUAAUUUGGAGGUUCAUAUACCGAAUCUAGUUAUUACGGAAAUAAAAAGCUGCAAGUUGAUCAUGACGAAUAACGAAAACGAGGACUAUAUUUUGUGUGUGUGGUUUUUUUUUCUUCAGAUUUCUGUUUCAGUUCUCACUUCCCGGAUCGUUGCACGUUUUUGCAGUUAACUCUUUCUUUAAUACAAAACAGUUACUGCAUGGUGAAUAAAUUCUAUACUUCCUUGUUCACACCAUUUAGGUAAAUCAAUACCCAUGAAACAAGGAACUGAACUUUGUAGUUGAUAUCAUUUGCUUCCUUGCGGUAAGAACGUAAAAGCAGCGCGCCAUAAAAUCGCCGCUCGUUGAGACGUGAAAGCUACUUACUACACGUACCAGUGGCAGCUUGAUAAUUAUACGUCAUUUCGCUUCAUCAAGCCUUCUCCAUCGAGUCCGUUCUUAAAAGAAGAUGGCUGAUUUCCAAGGUGCGCAUUCUGUAGUCGAGCGCCUUAAGAGUGUCGACGCCAACUUGUUUCUUUUCGAAGUGUGCGACUUCUUCGGAAGGGCACAUACNUGUCUGUGUUCCCCGCAGCAAGCUGGAGGAAGCUGUCGAGGAUGGCUUAGAGCUUCCCGUCCGCGCAGUUUUCAAGGAGUCUUCUAAUGACAAGAAUGACAACCUCGACAAGAUUUGCUCCAUUCGGGCCGACCCUACCGCUGAUAUCCUCCGACAUCCUUUCCACCGUAGCAUGGCAUACGUCCCAGCUGAGCCCUUCGUCGAUGGAAGCCCUCUGACGAGCUACCCACGAUUCGUUGCCAGGAAGCAGCUAAGUCGUCUUGCUGAGCUUGGCUUCUCUCUCAAGUCUUCUUUCCAUUUGGAGUUCUUCUUGAAAUCAAAGAAAGCCGGCACUGAAUACAUCAAACGAGAAACGCUGAUCGGCCAUUUCUUCGACGUACUGGAGCGCACUGGCAAGGAUUUUGAAGUAGAGACCUUUCACGUUGGCACAAUGGCCAACCGCAUGGAUGGAACCUUCAAAGAGGUACUAGGGAUCAAGUCAGCCGAUUACGCCCAGCACUUCAAGACCUUCAUGAGGGAGGCUGCAGAUUCAUUUCUGCAUGAAGCAUCAGUUUUGGAGAAGGCAAACCUCUCACUGUAUUUCCGCCACUCUCUCUGGGAUAUCAAGGGCAAGAAAUGCCUAAUGGGUGAUCCAGACAGCCCCCUGGGACUGUCUGUGGCUGCACAGCAUUGGAUGGCUGGAAUCCUGGAGCACAUGCCGGCCAUCGUCCGAUUCACCCAUCCAACUCAAUCUUCCUGGGAUCAAGUGGAGCACGAGCAACUCAAUUGUCGAUGGGGGACAGAUAGCGCUGGGUCCUCGGUGCGUCUCCACAGAGGCGAGGAGGGUAAGACCUUCGUGGAGACCCGCCAGGGAACGGGCCGAUGCAACCCGUAUCUCCUUAUGGCAGCGGUGGUGGCGGCUGGGAUCGAUGGCAUGGAAAAGAAGCUGCCUUUGUCAGAGGCUGGAACUGAGAACAAAAAGAGGCCCACGACAAUCGCAGAGGCUACGGAAGCCUUUGAGGCAGACGAGGUACUUCUGGCAGCAUUUGACGGAGGGAAAGAAUUUCUCCCUCUUCUUAAAACGUCACUAACAUUUCUGUAACGUUAGAUUUGGAUUUGACCCAUUAACAGUGAAGUAAAAAGAGCCUUUCACUGGAAAUGAAAUCACCACAAUUCUUGUAACGAAAGUUGAUUAUUAAUCAAUAUUUACGCAUUUGAAUCGUUGAAUUUAACUGGAAAUUGUACUACAUGUAUUUAUACAGCUACACAGUCAAAAUUAAUGUCAUCUGUUUUGAAGUUCAAAAUGAUCCAAAACUAUUAAUUAUCAAGCCUUUUAACCCCAAACAACAUUCGGGAUCCGGACUUUGGUGAUAUUUGUAAUGUUUGUGAAAUUUGCAUGUGAGUUGCACCUUAUAACUGGCUCAGAUAGUAUCGCGUAUAACACUCAUAAAAAGGUACCGUAAAAGUUUUUGUUAUCCAGAUUGCACGAAUCAAUAUUAAUGGACCCAUUUUUGCUCUUUGCGUUGUGCUAAGUGUUAAAUUGGCACGUUCAUCAUGAACAGUGAUGGUCAGCUAGCGACUUACAAAUGUCAUGAAUGUCACCCACAAGUAUUGUAAACCCACCCAUAUGCAUGUUAUGUAAAACAAUAUAGCCUAUGUUAAAAGGUGUAUAUUAAUUUAAAUGCCAAAAAUGCUGAUAUAAAAAUAUGAUGAUUUCCCAAUAGCAUAUUUUGCCUGGUACGCGUAGUAUAAUCUGAUUUGUACUUUUUAUCUGUUUGAAAAGAACGUGGUGACGAUUUUCUCGUUGUUGUUUUUAGUUUGGUUUUGGUUUGUUAAAAUUAAUGUCCAUGUUCUAACUUCUAUUGCCAAGGGAAUAUAACAAGACUGAUUAGAUACAGCUAAAAGUGAUUUUGAAAUUUAGAGCAGAUUUAUGAUUACAAGAAGAUUAUAAACAGUUAUUGUUAGAGAUUAUAAAGACCUUACAAGUUGAUCAUAAACGACGCCGAAAAUGGCAUCGGAGUGAUAAAAGGCGGACUGUUAUGUUUUUAUUGCAAAUUUUGUGUUUCAGUUGAUUUCUCUUGCCACUUUAAAGGCCAUCGGACCUGAAAUGAGCCACCACUUACAGUGAUUGAUCCCCUACCCGUUUAUACAUUAUUGGCUAUCUUAAUCGAACAGUGUGCCAUAUUUCCUUUCUCGUGAAUCCCCGGUCACCCACUAUAUAAUUACAGUGUUCUGGACAAACACAAAUUUCAUGAUGAAUAAGUUUGAAACUUCCACUUCUGCGUUAAGUAAGUCGAUAGCCCUAAAACACGGAGCUAAACUUGUAUACUUGUAAAGUUAUUUCCAUCUGUGGUGGUGCAAACUUACAAGCGGCGCCUCAUAAAUUGGCGGUCAUUGCGAAGCAAGCGCUUCGAUGGGGUAGCUCGGGGUCGUCGUCUGUCAGAGGAAAAUCAAAUUGAAAAGUGGACAUCAUGAGCAACUUAUUAAGAGAUAACUUAAAAUGAUGACUCGCCCAAUACCCCCGAAACUGCUAUAUGGACUAAUCUAGGUCAGCCAUCCUAUCACGACCAGGGCAACCUGAAUUUAGAGUCAAAGAUGGGAUCACUGUGCCUGUACAAGGAAACAUGCGAACAAAAUACUGCGGGUGAUAAGUCAGCAUGGUUCAAUAAAAAUCCGUAACUCUGGACAGUGAAGGGCAUGGUUGUGCAUAAGUACAUUUUGCUCAGGGUUUAGGAAAGAGGAUGUCGAUGGUGUAAAGGAUAAGGUCAUAUGAAAAUAAAGCACCUAACGUCACACCCGCUUGUAACACUCUUAUGUGUGUGUGGUACAGCUUUCAGGGCUCCAGUUUCAAUUUAAUUAUGUUUAUGAAACUACACGGGUGGCCCGCUGAAUGACUGUCGUGAAUACAACCCGACUUUUCAGGCUACCUAAUUCGUGAUAUUUUCUUUGACCUGGAUCAACCAAUGGGGAAUUUGACAUUUCAACUCAUCUUUUCAUAUACGCACGAUACUCCUUUUACUUUUUUCAGACUGAUCCAC